AAGCGAAAAAGUAAAUGCUGUGUGUAUUACGUCAUCACGCACUGAUUUUUACUGGUGGGAAAACGUGUAUAUUUUAGAAUAUUCGCAUGAAAAUUGGAUGGAAACCUAGCUAGUGACAAGGACAAGUGUGAUAAUUAGAGUCGUCUAUACAACACAACUAGUUUUUAGUGAAAAUUUAUGUUUAAACUUUGGACGACUACGCGCAUCCGUGUACGCGCAUGUCUAUAGCUUUGGAAAAGAGUAGAGCAGAGUGCAGUCACUGCUGUGGUUGUAACUGAACAACAAGUAUGUUGGGGUCGUUCGUUCUGCUGUGGAUAUGCAUCUGCCUCCUCUUCUUCUUCUUGAAGGUUAAUAGACCCCCAAACUUUCCUCCUGGUCCACAACCCAUUCCAAUAUUUGGGAAUCUGCUGCAUCUGAGCUUGGGGAAUCCUAUGAAAGACCUGGAGAAGUUGGCGAAGCGCUAUGGGAAUGUUUUCAGUCUUUAUAUUGGUGGAAGGCCAGCUGUGAUUCUCAAUGGGCUUGAAUCUAUGAAGGAGGCCCUGGUUACCAGGGCUGCAGAUUUUGCAGGAAGACCCCAAGACCUUAUGAUCAACCAUGUCACAGAAGGAAAAGGUGUCAUUCUUGUGGAUUAUGGCUCCAACUGGAAAGAGCAUCGCCGCUUCGCCCUAAUGACCCUGAAAAACUUUGGUCUGGGGAAGCAGUCCAUGGAGGAGAGGAUUCUGGGGGAGAUAUCACACCUCAUUGCACCCUUGGCGAAAAACGUUGGAAAAUCCAUGAACCCACAGGUUCUCUUCCACAAUGCUGCAUCCAAUAUCAUCUGCCUUGUCCUCUUUGGGUCGCGUUAUGACUAUAAUGAUGAGUUUCUUAAGACCUUCGUGAGGCUCUACACUGAGAACGCAAAGAUCGCCAAUGGACCCUGGGCUAUGCUUUACGACACAUUGCCCAUGCUCCGACACCUUCCCUUGCCAUUCCAGAAGGCCUUUCAAAAUGCAAUUUGUUGCAGACAGAUGUCUCUUGGACUCGUCACUCAGCAUAAGGAAACCAGGAUUCCUGGGGCGCCAAGGGACUUCAUUGACUCCUACCUGGAUGAACUAGACAAAAGAGGAGAGGAUGGAUCUUCUUUUUCAGAGGCCCAACUCAUAAUGUACGUCCUGGACUUGCACUUUGCUGGAACAGACACCACCUCCAACACACUGCUCACUGCUUUCCUCUACCUCAUGACCCAUCCAGAGAUUCAGGAGAGGUGUCAGCAGGAAAUUGACACGGUACUGGAGGGGAAAGAACACGCAUCUUUUGAGGACAGGCACAGGAUGCCUUACACUCAGGCAGUGACCCACGAGAGUCAGCGCAUCGCCAAUACUGUCCCCCUCAGUGUGUUUCAUAGCACCACCAGAGACACUGAGGUGAUGGGCUACAGUAUCCCAAAGGGCACUUUGAUCAUUCCAAACCUUACCUCUGUGCUGUCUGAAGAGGGUCAGUGGAAGUUCCCCCAUGAGUUCAACCCCUUAAACUUCCUGAACGAGCAGGGCGAGUUUGAGAAGCCCGAGGCCUUUAUGCCGUUCUCUGCAGGGCCCCGAAUGUGUCUUGGAGAAGGACUCGCUCGCAUGGAGCUCUUCCUGAUCAUGGUCACUCUGCUGCGACGCUUCAAGUUUGUCUGGCCUGAGGAUGCGGGGGAACCUGACUACACCCCUGUGUUUGGUGUAACCCUGUCCCCCAAACCCUACAGACUGGGUGUUAGACUGAGAGGGAACUAGUUAGGAGGAAGCUAUUCUAGACAGAGAUCAAAUAGAAUUGGUGUAAUAUAACAUGUAAUAUUGUAAUUAUUCUACUUAAUUCAACUAUCUAUAUGUAUUUGUGCUUAACACAUUUUUGUUUUUCAUUUGUCACAAUUUGCUUAUGUGAAUAUGUAAUAUAGGACUCAUUACACACACCAUUGAUGGGGAAUCUCUGAUGUUAUAGUGUUCACUCUCUACAUAAACAAUAUCGGUGAUGAGAUAAGAAAGUGUCAAAUUCAUUUAUAUGCUGAUGACACUGUCAUGUACUCUAUCGCUUCAACGGCUGACCAAGCAUUAUCACUAUUGGAGACAGAUUUUAAGAUAUUACAAGGGUCUUUUGUACAGCUGAAAAGAACACAGUUUAUGAUUUUUAAUAGGUUCAAGAGACCUAUGCAGAGACCUGAAUAAGGUCUCUGCAUAUAAAUAUACUUAGUUUAUCAUCCAACCAUAUCCCUGUCUUUUAAAAUGCAUAUUGACAAACUUUGUAAACGGCAAAAAAUCAAGCUAGGCUUCCUCUAGAAACAGAACAUGUUUGUCCUCUACAAAUAGAAGAAAAAUUGUGCAAGCUACUUUUAUGUCUGUUAUAGAUUAUGGGGAUAUUAUCAACGUGCAUGCUACGGCAUCAACACUUAAAUCGCUGGAUGCUACUUAUCAUUGCGCAUUUAGGAUUAUUACGGAUGUUAGCUACAGAACUCACCACUGUGUUUUAUAUCAAAAUGUGCGUUGGACUUCGCUGUCCAUGAGACGAGAACAACAUGCUCUCGUGUUUGUCUAUAAAGCACUUCUGAAUAAACUACCUUCUUAUCAUCACUCAUCAAUAUUAGAAUUAGAAUUCCUAAAAAACAAGUCUCAAGCAUGGAUUACACUUGAGGCCCAAUCGGUUUCCAGAGUUGGGUAUGGCUGCCUUUUCCUGUUACGCUCCUUGCCUAUGGAAUAGCCUGCAGACUCAACUUAAACUUGAGACUCUUGUCCCACUUGCCCAUUUUAAACAUUUAUUAGAGGAUUUUUAUUUUUGUAUUGCCUGUAACUGUUUUGGGUAAUGCAAGUUCUUGUGCUGUUAGGGGAAUAACCUGUUAGGGGAAUAACCUGUUAGGGGAAUAACCUGUUAGGUGGAUAACAAGUUAGGGGAAUAACCGAUGUGUAAAUGUAAAAAUCUGCUGCUGUAUGUUUUUUGUGUUAUCUGUGAUGGUUUUGUUUGUCUUGUGCAAUUUCUUAAUCAUUGUACCUGAACUGUAUGUGUAAACGUGUACGCAGGGCUGUAAAAGAGACCUUGGUCUCAGUCUGUGUUCCUUGUUGAAAUAAAGUUAUACUAAUAGGCUUUCAGUACCAGUUUUAUGGGAUAGUACUUUCAAAACUUAUUGUGGGAAUCUGUGGCUUGAUGAAUUCUAAAUAAAAAAUGUAAUGUGGGA